AUAUACAGUGCAGAAUCCGGAAAAGAAAGAAACAAAAGGCAAAUGAAAGUUGCCAAAUCCUACACCCAAAAGCUCAAUCUUAUGAGUGGUAAUUUUAUUAGCAUUCAUGGAUUGAGUUUUAUAAGUUUGGUGCUGCUUCCUCAUAAGAAGAAGAAAAGUAGAUCAAUGGCCACUUCAUCGUCAAACAGAGCUCCUCCUCCUGGUGAAUUCACCACGCUUAAGCAAGAACACAGAUACCAAAUGGAGAUAAAGAAGAGUAAAUUCAUAGCCAUUGCUGCCCCUCUUUUCGAUGACUCGUCCGCUCUUACGUUUCUCUCCCAGGUUCGACAAACGCGUGCCUCUCACAAUUGUUGGGCAUAUAAGGUUGGAGAUCAAUACCGAAGCAAUGAUGAUGGGGAACCAUCAGGUACAGCUGGCAAACCCAUCUAUUCUGCCAUUGAAUCAUCAGGAUUAGAUAGAGUAAUGGUGGUUGUCAUCAGGUAUUUUGGAGGUAUUAAACUCGGCACUGGAGGAUUAGUUAGGGCUUAUGGAGGAGUAGCAUCAGAAUGCUUGAGAAGUGCCCCAACUUGCCUUGUCAAAUCUAAAAUUCCAAUGGGUUUGGAGGUGACAUAUGACCUUUUGGGGGUUUUGUAUCAUCAGCUGCAACAUUUUCAAGUUGAGGACAUAGAGCAGAAUUAUGAUACAGGAAAAGAUGAUACUACAAUGGUGACAUUCAAAGUUGACUUUGACCGGGCUGAGGAUUUGGAAGAAACUGUCAGAACUAAUUGUAGUCAAGAUAUUGUGUUUUACAAGCGUUGAUACAACUUAAAGCUACUAAAAUUUAGUCCUCGACCAUGGCUCCAUGGAGAGGUGGACACAGCUACUGUUAGUUGCACAUAUAUUUGGGUGCUUGAAUAUUGGUAUGUCUUAUUUGACUCUCUUUAACAAGUGAAAUAAAAAGAAAUAUAGAAUUAAGUACA